UGAUAAACAGAAUUAGUAGACACAUAAAGUUUAGAGAAGGGUAGUCUUGAGUUUACUUUAUAAAGCACAUUCAGUGAUCAUUCAGCCACGACGCCUUAAACAAUCUUCUUUAUCAUAAGCUAGCAUUGUUAGUACUAAUUUUACCACACAAAUGGAUCCAGCGCUUGCAGAAAUGCAUUCCACCACCAUGGCCUCACUAUCUAACGACGUUUCUGAUUUCUCCCCACUGGCUCGUAAUAAUGACAACUGGGACGAUCCUGUGCAGGCCGUUCCAGGUGCCAAGCUACGUGUGAUGUGCAGUUACGGGGGACACAUAAUCCCCCGUCCACAUGACAAAACUCUUUGUUAUGUUGGUGGAGAAACGCGGAUGGUGGUAAUGGAACGCAUGUCAUCACUCUCUGACCUCUCUUCAAGGCUCUCGCGGACACUCCUCCAUGGCCGCCAAUUUCAGCUCAAGUACCAACUCCCAAAUGAAGAACUUGACUCUCUUGUGUCAAUUUCAACGGACGAGGACUUGGAGAACAUGAUUGAUGAGUAUGACAGGAUAGCCUCUGCUUCAUCAAUGAAAUCCUUGAGAAUUCGCUUGUUUUUGUUUUUGGCAAAGCCUGAGACCACAGCUUCUAUGGGAUGCCUACUCAAUGAUGCGAAGUCUGAGACUUGGUUCGUAGAUGCCCUUAAUGGAGCUGGAUUAAUACCUAGAGUCCUGUCAGAUUCAGCUGCCAACACAGAAAACUUAUUAGAAUUCUCUGACCAAGUUGUAAAUAACAAUGAUUGUGGGGAAAAUGUGUUCUCCCCAAAAAAUCCUUUAGGAGGUAGCAGACGAGUCGAAUACGUGCAAGAUGCACAGUCAAGUAUGCUUGGAUCACCAGCGGUACUGGAAACAAACUCUUCAUUUGGAUCAAGCUCUUCUUCUCCUUCCAUGUCCAACUUGCCACAUAUUCGAGUUCGUGCUGACAAUGAUGAAGCUAGAUUGCAAGAUCAAAUGGCUGGAUUGGAUGAACAAUUUUCACAACUGAACACUACUAGUGCUGCUGUAACUCUUCAGAAUCAAGUUGAUGGGACUGUGAUGUUAUCUGCUCCUCCUCCUCUCCCCGUGGUUAUUACUACAACUAUUUCUAGUGAGAAUGAAAAUCGGGUUGUUGUUGAUGAGGAUAAAUCGGAUCAGGGGGGCUCAACACGGUUUAGGAAACCUCCACUGCCCCUGCAGCCUGUGCAGCGAAGACUUGGUCAUGAUGCUUACAAUUUGCCCUCACCAGAUUCCAUAGCGAGUGAUACUAGCAUUGCAUCAGCAAGUUCUCUUUCAAGAAGGUCUCAAGAGCCAACUCAAGUUGCCACAAGGGAAGUCACUAGGCCUGUAGCCAAUGGAAUAGUUAGUCCAAACAGCACCACUUCAGACUCAAGUUCUCAGAUCCAGGUGCAGCAAGUUCCAGCUCAAGUGUAUAUUCCACCGCAGCAGCAGCAGCAGCAGCAACAGUAUCUUCACCCAGGCACGCAUUAUCUCCAACAAACCACAACAGGUCAAGUACAAGUCCCGGCAUACUACCCCGUUUAUGCUCCCCCUACACAGCCUCAAUAUCAUCAACAAGUUGAUCAACAACAAUACUCAAUGUAUGUGAUGCCUGUCCAGCAAACUCAACAAUACAACAUGACUAUUCAACCCAGUGUGCCAGACUCAACUAUAGCAUCAGACUCAAAUUAUACACAAAAUUCACCCGUAGUUGCACCCUCUGCUACUAAAUCAACCCUAGUCCAAGUUCAGCCAAAUCAAUAUCAGCCGCAAUACAUUAAUGUCUCACAAAUGCCUUAUGCCACCCAGUCUCCUGCUCCGGCUAUUAACUAUGCUUAUGAAUAUGCACAACCAACACAUGAGCAAGUAUUCUAUACUCAGAAUCCAGCUUCUCAGCUGCCUCCACCUCCUCAGUAUCAAACUAUGACACCCGCAACUGCGAUGUUUCUGUCACAAGCUUCAGUCCAGCAGUCUGCAGACAAUGCAAACCAGCAGAUCAGAUGAACAGGAAUUGUCAAAUUUAUGUCUGAAAAUAAUUACUGAUGAAUGUCUGAGUCCUAAUUGUAGUUUGUAUUUUCUGUUUAAUAAGGAGUAAUGCUGUUGUCCUCGUGUCAUUAUUUUAAAAUUUUAUGUUUCAGUUUAUAUGGAUCA